AUGACAGCUUCGACAACAAUUGCCCGUCCAACUGGCGAGACUUUACGUGGUAAACAGAAAGAAAAAGAUGUGCGUAUGUCCAAUAUUAUCGCGGCAAAAGCAAUAGCAAACGCUAUUCGUACCAGUUUAGGACCACGUGGAAUGGAUAAAAUGAUUCAACAAAGUAAUGGAGAAGUUAUGAUUUCGAAUGAUGGAGCCACAAUAUUGAGUCAAAUGCAAGUGUAUCAUCCAACGGCUAAAAUGCUUGUGGAUUUAUCGAAAUCUCAGGAUAUUGAGGCUGGAGACGGUACAACGAGUGUCUGUGUCAUUGCUGGUGCCCUGCUCAGUGCCUGUGAAAAUCUCUUAAUGAAGGGCAUUCAUCCGACAAACAUUUCGGAGGCAUUUGGUCUUGCUGCCGUCAAGGCAGAGGAAAUUUUAACCGAAAUUUCUAGACCUGUAGAACUUGCAAACCGUGAGGAGCUUAUUAAUUGCGUUAAUACGUCGCUAUCUUCUAAGGUGAUUUCAGAGUACGCGGACCGAUUGUCUCCUAUUGCCGUGGACGCUGUGCUUCAAGUCAUUGAUAUUACAACAGCUGUUAAUGUUGAUUUGAACAAAGUGCGUGUGAAUAAGCAACUGGGAGGCACGAUUGAUGACUCGGAACUUGUGGAAGGACUUGUGUUUAGCAAGGGUUUUGACAAGACAGCCAGUGGCUCGGGUCCUACUACCAUUGAGAACGCCAAAAUAGCACUGAUUCAAUUCUGUCUAUCGGCGCCAAAAGCGGACAUGGAGAGCAAUGUGGUUAUAAAUGAUUACGCUGCAAUGGAUCGCAUUCUGCGUGAGGAGCGCAAGUACAUACUAAAUCUUUGCAAGAAAGUGAAAAAAUCAGGCGCUAACGUGCUGCUUAUCCAGAAAAGCAUCCUACGUGAUGCUACCAAUGACUUGUCGCUGCACUUUUUAGCCAAGAUGGGCAUUCACGUUAUCACGGACAUUGAGCGCAAUGACAUUGAGCACAUUGCUACGACACUGGGAUGCCUGCCUGUGGCUAACAUCGAGUAUUUGACUCCGGAGAAAUUGGGCACGGCAGGUCUGGUGCAGGAAGAGACGGUGGGCGGUCACAAGGUCGUCAAGAUUACAGAGAUUGUCAAUCCAGGAAAGACCGUGUCAAUACUUGUGCGCGGUUCCAAUAAACUGGUUCUUGAGGAAGCCGAACGAUCGCUACACGAUGCUCUGUGUGUAGUCCGCUCGUUGGUCAAGAAGCGCUUCUUGAUCUGCGGUGGUGGUGCGCCUGAAAUCCAGGUGGCUCAGAAGCUGGCUGCUUAUGGCCGCACGCUAGAAGGCACCGCUAGUUACUGUUUGCAGUCCUUUGCCGAUGCGAUGGAGGUCAUACCGUAUACGCUCGCAGAAAACGCUGGCCUUCACCCGAUUGGUAUCGUCACGGAGCUGCGUGCGAAGCACGCAAAAGGGCACACGAGCACAGGUAUUAACGUCCGCAAGGGAGCUAUUGGCGAUAUGUAUGAGCUCAAUGUGCUGCAGCCUCUUCUGGUGAAUACUAGUCAGAUCUCGCUUGCUACCGAGUGCGUUCGCAUGAUCCUUAAGAUUGACGACAUCGUGAUGGUUCGGUAA